AAAUCUGACCUUGAGAACAGUGUGAUGCAGAAGAAAAUAAAAAUCCCCAAACUUUCUCUCAGUCAUGUAGAAGACGAUGGGGAGGCUAAAGACUAUGGGGAAGAAGAUUCACAGCUUCGACACAUCAAGAGACCGGAGGGGCGGAAGCCUAGUGAAGCGGCCCACAAGAGUAUCGAGGCAGUGGUGGCCCGGCUAGAGAAACAGAACGGCCUGAGUCUGGGUCACAGCACUUGUCCCGAAGAGGUUUUUGUGGAGGCCUCACCGGGAACAGAGGACAUGGACAGCCUGGAGGAUGCCGUUGUGCCCCGGGCUCUGUAUGAGGAGCUGCUGCGAAACUACCAGCAGCAACAGGAGGAGAUGCGCCACCUCCAGCAGGAGCUGGAGCGGACUCGGAGGCAGCUGGUACAGCAGGCCAAGAAGCUCAAGGAGUACGGGGCACUGGUGUCUGAAAUGAAGGAGCUCCGAGACCUCAACAGGAGACUCCAAGAUGUGCUGCUCCUGCGGCUUGGCAGCGGUCCCGCCAUUGACUUGGAAAAAGUAAAGUCAGAAUGUCUCGAGCCCGAGCCGGAGUUACGGAGCACUUUCAGUGAGGAAGCAAAUACGUCGUCCUAUUACCCUGCUCCUGCGCCUGUCAUGGACAAGUAUAUCCUAGACAAUGGCAAGGUUCAUCUGGGAAGCGGGAUUUGGGUUGAUGAGGAGAAAUGGCACCAGCUACAAGUAACCCAAGGAGAUUCUAAGUACACAAAGAACUUGGCAGUCAUGAUCUGGGGAACAGAUGUUCUGAAAAACAGAAGUGUCACAGGAGUCGCCACAAAAAAAAAGAAGGAUGCAAUCCCGAAGCCACCCCUCUCUCCUCACAAGCUAAGCAUCGUCAGAGAGUGUUUGUAUGACAGAAUAGCACAAGAAACAGUGGACGAAACUGAAAUUGCACAGAGACUCUCCAAAGUCAACAAGUACAUCUGUGAGAAAAUCAUGGAUAUCAACAAAUCUUGUAAAAAUGAAGAACGAAGGGAAGCAAAAUACAAUUUGCAAUAA